UGGUAUUGGGGAAUCACAGCAGCCAACAACAAGGAAAUGAGGCUCCUGGAGGUUUUCACAGAAGUUCUGAGGUUCCUGAAGGACGAUGCUCUGAAAACCAUCAAACACCAUCCAGCAGGAGGAGAGAUCUCAGCCUCUGACUUCACCUGGGUGCUGACUGUUCCUCACAGCUUGAAGGAUCUUCCUAAACGACUCAUGACAGAAGCUGCUGUUCUGGCAGGUCUUGUAGGAGAAGACACUAAAGACAAACUGGUGUUUGCUCUGGAAUCAGCAGCAGCUUUGGCCUGGUGUUUGAAGCCUCCACCUGAUGGCUUCAUCACACAGAACCACAGCAGAACCUCCCAGGAUCAACCUCCAGAACCAGCAGGCGCUGGUACCAGCUGUAACGAUCCAGCAGGAGGUACAGAACCAGGAGAAACCAGAGUUCUGCUGGAGACCCAGAACCAAGAUCAGGUGGCAGUUCACUUUAAGAAGGAACCAGAAGGAACCAAAGUUCUGCUGGAGACCAGAAACCCAGACAGAAAACGUUACCUUGUUGUCGACUGUGGAGAUCAAAUUACUAACAUCAUUGCUCAUGAAGUCCUGGAAGGAGGAGCCUUGAAGGAGCUUGGCGGGGUCAUUGUAAACAAUCUGGGAGGACGAACUGUGGAUGAAAAAUUCAAGAAGUUCCUCAGAGAGAUUUUCUCUGAUGGAGUCUGGAGAGAAUAUGAACAAAACUUCCCCAGAGAGGUUCAGAAAAUGAUGUUUGAAUUUAUCCGUCUCAAACAUUUAGAUGAAGAUGUUCAGAUCAGCUGCCCAGAUACCCUGAGAGAACGAGCUCAGAGAGAGAAAGACAUUGAAACGUUCUUUGCUUCAGUGGAAGGAGCUUCCUGGGAGGAUGGAGUCAUCAAAAUCUCCAGAGACAAACUGAGGUCUUUCUUUGAUGACAGUCUGCUGAGAGUCAUUGACCGUCUCAACUAUGUAUUAAAUAAAAACUCCAACAUUGGGUUUAUUGUGUUAGUGGGGGGCCUUGCUGAGAGCCAGAUGCUCCGUCAGUUCAUCACUGAUCAGUUUGGACAUCAGUAUAAAGUCCUGUGUCCUCUUAGACCCCAGGAAGUGGUCCUGAAAGGAGCCGUAGAGUUGGGGAGAAACCCAGAGUUGGUCCAGUUUGACUGAAUUGUUUUUACUGAGAAUCAUUUUCUGUUUUUGUUGCUGUGAUUUAUUUCCAUGAACAGUUUUUAGCAAAGGAAAUGUUAAAAUGUGUCAACAAGUAGUUUUAAUCCCUGAUUUUUGGUUCUACAGAAGAAAAUAUUUAUCUUUAUGGAGGACAUCGCUGAUGGAAGAAUGAUGUACUGUGGUCUAUAAUUCAGAGCUGAUUCUGUGGUAAAUCAGUGGAUUCUAGUAUAAAUACCUGAUGAUGAGAAUAAAUAACUUAAUUAACAGAGAUGCUGUUAUUAAAAAUAUAAACUCAGUUCCAGUCAAAUUGGACAAUGUUUAAAAUGUAAAUAGAAAUUAAAUAUGAUUUGCAAUUUCUGUUCAGUUUAUGUUGAAUAUGCUACAAAAACAAGAUAUUUAAUGUUCAAACUGAUAAACUACAUUCUGAUCAGUGCUGCACUUUAUGCUGUAAU